GCUGGAGGAGGCGGGGGCGAGGCGGCCCGGAGCGCUCGGAAAAGGAGUAAAAGGGAGCGUUGGAAAUUAAAGAACUGGAUUAAAACCUUGAGCACUUAAGGAAAACCGGUUAAGGAACUUAAUCCAGGAUGGAUGUGCAGGAGCCUCAGGAGUUGAGUAUGUUUGCAGAGAGUGAACUGAUGUCUGUGGGGAUGGACACGUUCAUCCAUCGCAUUGACUCCACGGAAGUCAUCUACCAGCCACGGCGCAAAAGGGCCAAGCUCAUUGGCAAAUACCUAAUGGGGGACUUACUUGGAGAAGGGUCUUAUGGCAAAGUCAAGGAGAUGUUGGACUCUGAAACCCUCUGUAGGAGAGCUGUCAAAAUCCUGAAGAAGAAGAAACUCCGCAGGAUCCCCAAUGGGGAGGCAAAUGUUAAAAAGGAAAUUCAGCUCCUGCGACGAUUACGACACAAAAAUGUCAUCCAGCUGGUAGACGUGUUAUAUAAUGAAGAGAAGCAGAAAAUGUAUAUGGUGAUGGAAUAUUGUGUGUGUGGGAUGCAGGAGAUGCUUGACAGUGUCCCAGAAAAAAGGUUUCCAGUCUUUCAGGCUCACGGGUACUUUUGCCAGCUCAUAGAUGGCUUAGAAUACUUGCACAGCCAAGGGAUUGUCCACAAGGAUAUAAAACCGGGGAACCUCCUGCUAACAACCAAUGGGACACUAAAAAUAUCCGAUUUAGGAGUGGCAGAGGCAUUGCAUCCGUUUGCAGAGGACGAUACGUGCAGAACGAGCCAAGGGUCGCCAGCAUUCCAGCCGCCGGAAAUUGCCAAUGGCCUGGAUACCUUUUCAGGCUUUAAAGUGGACAUCUGGUCAGCAGGGGUCACGUUAUACAACAUUACAACGGGUCUUUAUCCCUUUGAGGGGGAUAAUAUCUAUAAGUUAUUUGAAAACAUCGGGAAAGGGGACUACACGAUUCCAGAUGAUUGUGGUCCUCCGCUCUCAGACCUACUUAGAGGGAUGCUUGAAUAUGACCCAGCCAAGAGAUUUUCAAUACAGCAGAUAAGGCAGCACAACUGGUUUCGUAAGAAACAUACUCAGGCAGAGGCUCUGGUCCCCAUACCUCCUAGCCCAGAGACAAAGGAUAGGUGGAGGAGUAUGACGGUGGUGCCUUAUCUGGAAGAUCUCCAUGGCUACAAUGAGGAAGAGGAUGAUGACUUGUAUGACAUUGAAGAUGAUAUCAUCUACACUCAGGACUUCACAGUACCAGGACAGGUGCCUGAUGAGGAGGCCGCGCCAAACGGGCAGAACCGCGGCAAAGGGCUGCCCAAGCCGGUGUGCAUGAAUGGGACGGAGCCGGGACAGCUGAGCACCAAAUCGAAAGCGGAGCGGCGGGCGAGCGCCUCGUCCAACCCUUCGCGCAAGGCCUGCUCUGCCAGCAGCAAGAUCCGCAAGCUCUCCACCUGCAAGCAGCAGUGAGCCCGACGCGUGCGCGCUCUUCACAGAGUCUGUCUUGGAGCCUGGGCCAGCCUACGCCCCGUCCUCCUCGCCCCAGCUCCGUCUCUCCUGGGAGCGGACUAUGCUUGCAAUCCAAAAAGAGAAACCCUGGAGGAAAACAGAACCGCCCCCCCCCCCCCCCCCCAAACCCUCUCUCAGCGGCGCCAGGCCCCCGAAGCUGGCAGGAGCCCUCGACCGCCCCCCAUCUCUCCCCCCAGCUACGCCCAUGCUGGCCCCUCCUCUGCAUCAACUCGUUGCCAAUCAAGACACCACCUCUGUUUUAAUUUGGGAUCUGGAGGGUGAGGUGGGUGGGGGAGGGCCUGGGUGGAGGUCUCCCCCCUGCCCACCCUCGCUGAGUAGAAUUGUGUAAAGCCAUGGCUGUGCACUUUAUGUUUUAGACUACUGUUCUAGAUAUACAUAUAUAUAUAUUUUCCUCUUUGUUUUUUU